UUUCGAUGUUGGAUUAUUCAGUAUUGUAUUUAUACCGUGCGGGGUGAUGUGGAUAAAGGAAUUAAAAAAGUAGAAAGUAGAUUUAAGGAACGCAAACCACAAUGAAAUUUCGUGUAAUCAGAUUUGCAAAUAAGGAAAUGCGUGGGUGAUAAACCUAAAAGGAUCGUGUAACAAAAAGAAGGAAACGAAGAAAAUUUUAACAACUUAAUCAAACAAAGAACUUUGUGUGAAGAAAAUCUUAACAAAAAUCACAAUGAAAUCACAAAGAAUUUUUGAAAAGAAAAUUUCUACGCUAAGAAAAUUUUAACAUCGUAUGAAAGUAUAAAAGAAAAAAAAUAAAAUUAUUGUGACUGUGUUGAAAAGAAAUAGAAAAAAAUGAAAGCGAAAAACGCGAUGGAAUAUUUAUAGCAUCAUCUGGUAUCUGUCCCACGUGAUCGCAUAACGUUGCUACUUACAUACAUCUGUUUUCCGUAUCUUUCUUCCCAGAACUUUUGUUGUCUCCUUUUUGUUUUAUUUGUGCAAGCAAUACAAAAAAUUAUGGAACCACCAAUUGCUAACUCAACUUUCGAUUUCAUCGAUUUGUCUAUCAAUAAAUCGAUAGAUUUUGUUGUACAAACAGUGAAGCAGAUUUUCGGACUGAUUUUCUGUCUUGUAUCAAUGUUGUUGAUAGGAAGAAUUUUAAAUUCUUUGUUAUCUAAGCCGGUUGAAGAGAAGAAGAUUGAGAUCAAGGAAGAUCAACAACAAUCUGAAAUUAAAGAAGAAAUAUUAAAAAAUUCUGCAGAAGUUUCUUCUGAAGUUAAGCAAGAAUCACCUGAAAGAGAAAUAUCGGGAUGGGAAAGUCAACCGCUUCAUGAACCGCGAAUUUUAUGUCACGAAAUCACUUCGUCAAACCUUACAGCGAAAACAAUAAAAAAACAGUUGAAACGAAAAUGUAUGAGUGUUGGUCCCAUAAUGCUCUCACCAAACUCACAAAUUGUCAGAACUUUAAACGUAGAGGACAGAGAAGAACGCUAUCAUUACGAUAUUCUUCCUGUUGACACGGUGAAAACAGUUGAAGGAGAAGUUGCGGAGAAUGUAUCCGAACCUCGCUCCACGCCAGUCAUUCCCGAUGAAAUCAUCUAUGCAGACAGUCCUGACAGUAGUCUUUAUGGAUCUGAAGAUGAAGAACAAGAAGACGUUUCACAGUAUCGUCGGGGUGGAUAUCAUCCGAUACAUCUUGGCGAUGUUCUUCACAGUCGUUAUCGUGUAGUUCGUAAAGUCGGUUGGGGACAUUUUUCUACUGUUUGGUUGUGUCGUGAUCUUGAAGAAGAGAAAUAUGUUGCAUUGAAAGUGGUGAAAUCUGCACAGCAUUAUACAGAAACUGCGGCAGAUGAAAUUAGACUUUUGGAAGUGAUUCGAGAUGCUGAUCCAUUCGAUCAUAAUCACGAUAGAGUUGUUAAGCUGUUAAAUCAUUUCACAGUUCGUGGAGUCAACGGAGUGCAUACUUGCUUAGUUUUCGAAGCUUUAGGAUGUAGUUUGUAUAAGUUAAUCGUCAAAAGUAACUAUCAGGGUUUAGCUAUUCAGCAAGUUAAAUCAAUAAUUAAGCAGGUAUUACAAGGUUUGGAUUAUCUUCAUACGAAAUGUCACAUCAUACACACCGACGUCAAGCCUGAGAACAUUCUGAUUGUGAUGGAUAAUGCUGCUUCAAUUAAUCAACAAAUUGAUGAAGCCAUCACAAGUCUUAAAGGACGAGGAUAUGGCGCGCAUUGGUUUCCCGAUUCGUAUGUUAGUACUUUAGAAAAACGAUCAAAAAAAUCACCGUCACCAUUGGCACAAUCCGAAACAUUAUCAGCCAUUAAUCCCAUUAAAGAUCAUGCUGAUGAAGAUAAAAUUCUACCAACGUCGGUUGCCAUUGAUUCCCAUUCUGUUCCUUUAGCAAACAGUCUUGACUUAUCCUCGGAUGAUGAUCAUUUGGAGAAGUUGACUGGAGCGUCUUCAAGCACGACAACAACUUCGUCAUCUUUCCUUGAAAAUAAAAGACUCGCGUCUUUGGAUGAUGAAAUGAAACCUAUAAUUGCUCCUUUAAGCUUAAUUGAACAGUUAAAAGCAUCAAAUACCUCAUUGAAUAAACUUGAAUCUGAAAUUGAUGUUGUCAUUGGAAAUGAGACGGCGACAAGAUAUCGAGUUGAACAACAAAGAAAAGGAAGCAUACCAAAUGUGAACACAAAUCAAAAUAAAAAUGAAAAUAAGACAAAAACAAAGCCAAAGCUCUCGAAAUUCACAAGCAAGCAGAUUUCGUACUCCAGUGUUCUUCAAAGUCUUCUCAACAAUCCAAACGUUAAAGUGAAAAUUGCUGACCUUGGAAAUGCUUGUUUCGAUCAUUAUCACUUUACUGAUGACAUUCAAACAAGACAGUAUCGAAGUAUUGAAGUGUUGCUUGGAGUUCCUUACACAUACUCUGCAGAUAUUUGGAGCACAGCCUGUUUAGCUUUUGAAUUAGCAACCGGUGAUUACCUUUUCGAUCCACAUUCAGGAGAAAACUAUUCGAGAGAUGAAGAUCAUUUAGCACACAUCAUUGAACUUCUCGGUGGGAUCCCGCCAAACCUGAUAAUGAGAGGAAAACAUGGUUUAAAAUAUUUUACUAGUUAUGGUAAUUUACGUCAUAUAACUAAACUAAAGACAUGGAGCUUGUUUAACGUAUUGAUAGAAAAAUAUGAAUGGAAUUUAGACGACGCUCGUUCCUUCACUGAUUUCUUACUUCCAAUGUUAGAAUAUAAUCCAUUACUCAGAGCAUCAGCAAGACAAUGUUUACAGCAUUCAUGGCUUGAGGACGUGAAAUGAAAGCGAUAAUAUCAAUUACACUUUUCAGAAAAAGUUCUUCAUAUGGCUGAUAACAAUUUGCUGAUUAGCACAAGCACGAAUAACUGCCGACCGUAGCGUUAUAGAAAGUGUUGGAUUGGAGUAGAUCAAAUUAGUUUAAAUUUUCAUCGAGAUACUCUAUUCUCUUAAAUUAAGAGAUGUUUUUAUUCCUUAUAAGACCAGAUAUAAAUUUUUCUAAAACAUUACGAAUUGCUGAAUAUUUUGCUUUUGACAACAUAAAUAGUAAAAAUUUUACCAAAUCAAAAUCUAGAAGACAUUCGAAAUCUGAGGUAAAUAUUGUUAGUUUUUUUUUUCAUAUAUUUUGUUCGAAUAUUCAACUAAAAGAAUGGGGAAGCUACAAAAGAUCUCAUGAAUUUUAUUCACCGUUGAUAAUAAUGAUGAUACUGAAGAGUUUGAAAGUCAAAGAUGGAUAAAGAUUGUUCUUGUUUACCUUAUAUCAACAUAAAAAUGAGUUUCAUGUAUAAACAUUGGAAAUGCCAGCUCAGCGAUUCAUAAAAACUCAUAUUUCAAGACUUUUAUUAUCAUAAAAAAGUGUAGAAACAUGAAAAUAAUAAUCACUGUACAUCUUCGAUAACAGGAAAAUAAUCACAAGCAUCUGUGUAAAUUUACAUAUGAAUGAGCAUAUUGACAUUGAUGAGAAAUGAGAAAUAAAAAUCGUUAGGAAAA